GCUAAAGGGAUAGGUUCGGUGAAUUCUUAUGCGAGGUUCUUUUAUUAAACUAAAUUAAAUUAUUAGUGUGUGAAGAAUGUUAAAAAGUAUACAAGCCAGUAUAGGAUAAAAACUUCAGAUAACAUGACAACAUUUCAAUUAAACGGUGGACCGGUGUGUUGUGUUCAUUCCGAUGAUAAUUGAAAUACGUAUCAGCGGAAUGGCUUAUUAUUGGACUGACAACAUACAUACAACAACGCUUACUCCUCGAGACUAUCAGGUGGAACUGCUUGCAUCCGCAAGAGAAAAAAAUUUAAUUCUCUGUUUGGCUCACAAUUCUUCCAAAGAAUUUAUUGCCUUAAAACUUAUUCAUGAGUUGGGUUUCCAGUUGAGAAGCUCCACAAAUCGUAAAUGGACUGUUUACAUUACAAAUAAUGAUUCUGCAUAUCACCUGAUCCGAAAUCUUACAGAUUUGAAAGUGGUAUAUGUGAAUGGAAACGAUAAUCUUGAUUGGGAGCAGAUAGUGGAACAGUACCAGGUUUUAAUUACGAACGGUCGACAAUGGUUGGAUGUUGUUGUUUGUGGAUAUCUAGACCUACAAAACGUGAAUUUGUUGAUCAUUGACGAAUGUCACAAAAUCUAUGGAAAUGCGGAAAUUUCUGAACUAUUUGCUCAGUAUUACAGUCAAUGUAUACUCAAACCAAAAAUAUUAGGACUGGCUGGUCCUCUGCACAACGCUGGUUGCGUUCCGGGAAGAUUGAGUGCUGAACUAGAACAAUUAGAGCAAUGUCUCAAAGCGAAGGCGGAAACAGCCAGUGAUAUUGUUACUGUUCUGAGAUAUUACACCAAACCAAAAGAAAUAAUUUUGCAAUGCGCACCGUUGCAGGAAACAGAUCUCGCUCUAUAUUUGAAAGAAUUAGUCUCAACAAAUAUUCAUUUUCUUGAGGACCAUAGAUACGACCCUUGUGAAAUUUACCAAGAUGAUGAAUUUAUUGAAGAGCUGAAAAAUAUUCCCGAUCCGAAGUCGGACCCCUUGAAGUUUUUGUAUGAAUUCUUAACAAUCUUAGAUGAAAUGGGUCCUUGGUGUGCUGAUCGUGCAGCUUUAGCACUAAUUAUACAAAUUGAGAAACAAAAAAUUAAAACACCAUAUGAGAGACACUUUCUACUACUUUGUCUUGUAUCGACUAUUUUCGUUCAAAUUAGGUCUAUUUGUGAUCUUGCCUUUCAAAAAUUCACCACUGAAAAGGAGAAAAUCGAGGCCUUCUCAACGCCAAAAAUUUUACGAUUAUUAGAAAUUUUUCGGGUUUUUCGACCGGAUGCUCAACGAAACCUAGGAGGCACAGUAUCCCAGAGCUUCACUAAAGACAAUAAAAUAGAAUGCUGUCAAAGCUUACUGCAAGAAAUCCAGUGUACAGAUUUUCGGAAACUAAAUGAAACACUUGAUGAUGUUACUAGAAACAUCGACAAUAUAUCGGAGGGUAUAGAAAAUUUGAAAAUUUCUUUGCGGCUUCUUGCAAACAUUUCACCGUUGGACUCAGAUGUAGCAGGACAUGGGAAAAAGCCAAAAUCUCCAAUGAAGAAUGGAAUUCGGCAAUUGCGUCAGCGCAAGAAGGUAAAUUUUUUGAAUCGUCAAAAUCGGUCAAAUUUUCACAACCAAAACGAUCCUGAUGCAUUAUGUGCGUUAAUAUUUUGCAAUUCCAAAUUCACUGCCAGAAUGUUGUACACCAUGUUUUAUGAAAGUGUUCGUUCAGAUCCACAUCUUAAUUACAUAAACGUUCAGUACACUGUAGACAAGACAGCUGAUCCACUAACAGAACCUAAGGAAGCCGAAAUCGAGCAUCGGAAGCAAGAGGAAGUGCUUAAGCGUUUUAGAAUGCAUCAAUGCAAUCUCUUAAUAGGAACAUCUGUUUUGGAAGAAGGAAUUGAUCUACCUAAAUGUAAUCUGGUUAUUCGUUGGAAUGAACCAGUUAGUUAUCGGUCAUACGUACAAUGUAAAGGACGUGCUCGAGCUGCAGCUGCGUAUCACAUCAUGUUUGUAACGCCUAGGAUUCAGCAAUCUUCUUUGACUAGGAUAGAACAUCUUAGCGACCGAGCACAUUAUUAUAUGUGCAAAAAAACUUCUGCCGAUAGUGUAAAUAAUGAUGAUUCAGAUUUCGAAACAAAUAUUAACAAUUGUCUUAGUGAUAAAGACUCGCAGGGCUAUUGUACGAGCGGCACUUCUGAGUCUAGCUUACAGAUAAUGGAAAAUUGCACAAACGAAAUGAUUGAAAUGGUAGCAGUUUACAUGGAAAUAGAAAAGCUUCUGCUUCAUAAAUGUGAAAACACAGAACCACCAGAAAGCCAACAGUUGCAUGCUGAUAAUUUCAAUCGAUUCCUAGAAUCAUUCAGACCACUGUCAGAAACAGAAGAAAAUAGCAAUGCUGUGAGUUUGGCCAAUGCAAUACAAAUGAUUAAUAAGUACUGUGCCAAAUUACCUAGUGACACGUUCACAAAAUUAACACCUUUAUGGCGCUGCGCGAAGACCACGCGGAAUGGCUAUGACCUAUAUCAGUACACGAUAAGGAUGCCUAUUAAUUCUCCUCUGAAAGAGGAUAUUUUGGGUCUGCCAAUGCCUACAGAAAUUUUAGCUCGAAGAAUGGCUGCAUAUAUUGCUUGCAGAGUGCUACAUUCUGCUGGAGAGCUGGAUGACUCACUACAGCCAAUAGGAAAAGAAUCAUUCCGUGCAUUUGAAGCAGAUUGGGAAGACUUCGAACUGGAGAGCACUGAUGCUCAAAUUGUCAAUGAAAAUUCUGAGCCUAGACCAGGUACUACCAAACGAAGACAGUACUAUUAUAAACGGAUUGCAUCAGCGUUCUCAGAUUGUCGCCCCAAAGUUCAAUCCAAUGUAUAUCUAUAUCACAUCAGCAUGACCUUACAGUGUCCUAUUCCAGAGGAACAAAAUACACGAGGACGUAAGAUUUAUCCACCCGAGGAUUCUCCACAGGGUUUCGGGAUACUAACAACUAAGAUCAUACCAAAAGUAAGUGCAUUUCCAAUUUUUACCCGUUCGGGUGAAGUUAAAGUCGCAUUGGAUCUGUGCAAACAGCAUGCUGUUCUAAGCCAGCAACAGCUUGAUAAAAUCAAUCUAUUCAUCAACUAUACUUUUACCAAGGUACUGAGAUUACAGAAAUAUCUAAUGCUGUACGAUCCAGAAGCUACUGAAAACUGCUUCUUCAUAGUACCCACUAUUACUCGUCAUAGUGAAGUUACGGUAGAUUGGGAUUUUAUCGACGUUAUUGCUAAAAAUGUGGAUAAAAUGCCUACCUCUGUACCGGAUGAAGAACGAAAAAACUAUGCAUUUGAUAGCAAUCAAUUUAGAGAUGCAGUAGUCAUGCCGUGGUAUCGCAAUCAGGAUCAACCGCAGUAUUUUUACGUUGCGGAAAUUUGUUACCAUUUAUCACCGAAGAGCUCAUUUCCAGGACUCAACUAUAGUACAUUUGAAGAGUAUUAUUUGAAAAAGUAUAAUAUACAAAUUCAAAACUGUAAACAGCCCUUACUUGAUGUAGAUCAUACGAGUGCAAGACUAAAUUUUCUCACUCCUAGAUACGUCAAUCGUAAAGGAGUAGCUCUUCCUACUAGCUCAGAAGAAACGAAACGGGCAAAACGCGAGAAUCUCGAGCAAAAGCAAAUUUUAAUACCUGAACUUUGCACUAUUCAUCCUUUCCCCGCGUCCCUCUGGCGCGCUGCCGUUUGCUUGCCAUGCAUUUUAUAUCGGAUCAAUGCUCUAUUGUUGGCGGAUGAAAUUCGCAAAGAAGUUGCACACGAUCUUGGGCUAGGGGCUCCUAACAUUCCUAAUGAUGGCUUCGAAUGGCCAAUUCUCAACUUUGGUUGGAGUCUAGCAGAUGUGUUAAAAAAAUCCAGAGAAGCAAAACUAGCUAUUUCUAAUCAAGCUCCCGAGUGUUUUGAAAAUACUGAAACGAAUGAUCGAGGGAAACGUUCUUCAGAAGAAAAGGACAUUCAAACUGAAAUUAAGACUGAUGAAAAUUUUGAUAGCCAAGCAAAAGAUCCAAAAGAAAUUGCACAAAAUUUAUCGGUUGCAAGAACACUUGAAGAAAUUGAUGAUAAGUUCAAAGCAGAUGGAUUCCAGAUCGGUACAUGGACCAACGAAAUGGCAAACAAUACGGAUAUCUUGAGCGAUGAUGAUUCCUGGGGCCUUCCACCAAAUGUAGACCUAUGCUCAAGAAAUAAAACAAAUAUUCGCUACGGUUCACCCACAUCAUGGGAAGUUGGGACUAAAGAACAAUUGAACGAUGUGCGAUAUUACUCUGAUUCGGAAGGAUCAUUUAUAUCAGACGACGAAUUGGAUAGUGCCAGUGUGGAUAGCGAUCUGGAGCAGAACUACGGGUUGAAGAUUGAAUUUAAAUCAGACAAUGUAGCCGAAGCAAUAGAAUCUGAACAUGAUAUUCUGAAACGCCAGAAACAAUUGGACAUAAUAAAUAGCACGAAUAUUAAUGAACAAAUAUAUCAAAAUUCUAAAAAUAUUAGUAGUGGAUUCGACUGUACGCGAAGUGUAGAUCUAGAAGCUAGACUUAAAGUGCAUGAAGAUCAGUUCUUGAAAUCUACCGAUAAGUUCAAAGACCAAAUCAGAAGCUCCGGAACAUUGGUGAAAUACGAUGAACCGUUAAUAAUUGAUACGGUCCAUCAAAGGACAAACUGCAUCGCGCUGUCGAAUGUUUCGAAUGUCGGAAACAUCUAUGAACUAUUUCCGUAUGCAAACAGAAAGGAAAUUGAUUCACAUUUAUCAACUUCCAGUGAUGGGACAAAAAUUAUGAAACUCGAUGGAUUCUAUGAAAUUAACAGCUCAUAUUUUCCGGAGGAAUAUAAUAUCGUAGGAACAGGAGAUUUAUUUGAUACUUUCAACGAUCAGCAUAUGUUAUUCGUUAAUGAGAAUGGAGAGAAAAAAAUUAAGCUGAAAAUAGAGAAUCCGUUUGUUAAAAAUGAAAAGGCAAAGAUAGAUCCCGAUAUUAAACUAAACAAUGUUUCUCGUAUUCAAGUAACUAAAAACAACUCUUCUAAUCCAUCAACAAACGAGUUUAGUUUUGAUUAUCAGCCUGACCUGAAUAACCAUCCGGGACCUAGUCCAAGUAUUAUACUACAAGCUCUCACAAUGUCCAAUGCAAAUGACGGAAUUAAUCUAGAACGAUUAGAAACGAUAGGAGAUUCAUUUCUAAAGUACGCAAUAACAACUUAUUUGUAUUGCACAUAUGAAAACGUUCACGAAGGAAAACUAAGUCAUUUAAGAUCGAAACAGGUGUCAAACUUAAACCUGUAUAGACUUGGAAGACGAAAAAUUUUAGGUGAAAGUAUGAUCGCAACAAAAUUUGAACCUCAUGACAAUUGGUUACCACCGUGUUAUUAUGUUCCGAAGGAAUUAGAACAGGCACUCAUCGAUGCUAAGAUUCCCGCUUGCCACUGGAAUUUAGCUGAUCUGCCAGAUAUCAAACAGUUAUCAAGUGAAGAGAUUUGUAAGCUAGUGAAAGAACGCGCUUUAUCACUGGGGCUUCUUGAUGAUUCCGAAAAUGAAGAUGGAGAACAUAUGAAGGAAAUCCAACAGUUAGAAGUGCGAAAUGAUGAAUUCAUCAAAAAUUCAGACUAUUUCGCUUGCUUUAUUCCAUAUAAUCUUGUGACUCAACAUAGUAUUCCAGACAAGUCGGUGGCAGAUUGUGUUGAGGCUCUAAUAGGUGCCUAUUUGAUAGAGUGUGGUCCUCGUGGGGCUUUGUUAUUGAUGGCAUGGCUAGGCAUCAGGGUCCUACCAAUUAUUGAAGUGCCGUUUGAUGUGGAUAAAAAGCGAAUCCCUGGCAGCUCUCCGUGCUAUGAGGCGGAUGGUAAAAAGAUGAAUUCUGUAUAUGGAUACUGGAUUCCACCAAAAUCUCCUCUACUUGCCUAUGUACCAGAUCCAAAAACAACAUUAAGUCAUCUUCUUAACGGUUAUGGCACAUUUGAAGAUUCUUUGGGUUAUCAUUUUUUAGACCGCUCCUACCUGUUACAAGCCAUGACUCAUGCUUCAUACUGCCCCAAUCGCUUAACUGACUGCUAUCAACGGCUAGAAUUUCUCGGAGAUGCUGUUUUGGAUUAUCUCAUCACACGACAUCUUUAUGAAGAUCCUAGACAACAUUCACCUGGUGCAUUAACAGAUUUACGGUCUGCUUUAGUAAACAACACUAUUUUUGCAUCACUAGCUGUAAGACAUGAUUUCCACAAGUAUUUUAGACACCUAUCUCCUGGACUGAACGAUGUUAUUGAUCGUUUUGUACGAAUACAACAAGAGAACGGCCAUAGUAUAAGUGAAGAGUAUUACCUCAUACUAGAAGACGAAUGUGAUGAAGCUGAGGAUGUGGAAGUUCCAAAAGCAUUAGGUGAUGUUUUCGAAUCUGUCGCCGGUGCUAUUUUCCUAGACUCGAAUAUGUCUUUGGAUGCCGUGUGGAAGGUAUAUCGAAAUAUGAUGGGGCCAGAAAUUGACCAGUUCAGUAACUCAGUUCCCAAGUCUCCCAUUCGAGAAUUGUUGGAACUGGAACCGGAGACCGCCAAAUUCGGGAAACCGGAAAAAUUGGCUGACGGACGGCGUGUUCGAGUUACGGUGGAAGUGUUUGGAAAAGGUACGUUCCGUGGAAUCGGUCGAAAUUAUCGCAUCGCCAAAUGCACAGCAGCCAAAUGUGCAUUACGACAACUGAAAAAGAUGGGCCUGAUUAACAAACGUCGACAAUUAUCUUAAACGGGAUCAUAUUGUGCAAAAUAAAUACAAAAUUUAUUGAGGCUGAAAACAAGCAAUUGACACCUGCUCACACACGAUGCUUUCGGUUAGAGAUUACUAUUUAGAACUAGCUGAAUUACCCGGCGUUGCUCGGAAAUGUUUCGUGAAGGCAAAGCUGCAAAAACAUUAUAGAAAUUGUGCAGCUUAUCGAAAUAAUUAGAUCUCACAAUUAUUUUAAUGUUGAUUUGAUUUGAUCUCUUCUGUUAGGAAUAUUUCAAACAUCUUUCUGUAUGUAUGUAUGUAUGUAAGUAUGUGUGAAGCCACCAUCAGUUCAAGGCAUUACCAGUGGAUGCAGGUAGACUUAUAAGAUUUUCAUUUUGAAGGUCCAGUCUUACGAGGACCCAAAGCCUUCCAGUAAAAACGUCCGGCCAUAUAAAAAAGAAUUUCACUGUUCCAGCUUAAACCUAUCUGAUGGUUUGUUUAUUAGAAGGGUGCGUCUUACUCAUUUCAGACCUUCAAGGGAACACACAAAGCUUCCUCCAUGUCAAUGUGAACGGUUGAUAAUUCACUCCUUCAUCCAGUCAUUCAUUUGUAAAAUACCCUGAUGCAUUCUCAGCCCCUCUCCUUUAUCAAUAUAUUUGAGCAUAAUAUUAUAUAAUUUAACAUAAUACAAUAUAACAUAAUAUAAUAUAAUACAAUAAAAUAUAAUAUAUUAUAAUAUAACAUAAAAUACAGACAUAGAAUAUAAUACAAUAUAAUAUAAUAUAAUUAUACAGCGAUUCCAUGAAAAAAUGAUAUACGGUCUCUCACAAUUUCGUAAUAUUUGCAAUAAUUAUUCUUUUUAUUUUAUUCUUUUUCUGUCAUUGAUUAAAAAAUCGAUUUUUUUUCAAUUUCUUUAAAAAAAAAAGUACGGGUGUGUAAUGUCAGAGACAACUGGAUGUCGUAAAUACGAAUAAAACUGACUUCCAAGUAUCAAUUAGUUGAUCGAUUGUGUGAAUUGUGCUAGCUUUCCCUUUUUUCACUACUAGAAUUGGAAACGAUACACUUAAAGUAAAGUACUCAAAAGAACCGUUUCGUGAGCGUUCGUGAUGGAGGGGGACGAGUUGAGCUCGACCUCCGAUGGAUACCUCUAACUUCCGUCAUCUAUUUCCAGGCUGUUGUUCGUGGGUGUUGAUUACGACAGGCAAAUUCGAAAUGAAUCGCUUCUGAAUCAGGUUUUUUGCAUUCUAUGUAGCAAAUUAACAAGAAGUUCUACUACAAAAAUGGGCCGUAUACAUUAUAGUGAAGCAAAAUUUCGCAUAAUUCUUUGGGUAUACAAUUAUGGUUCUAAAUAGCAACAUACAGAAUUUUGAUGUUGAUUAUUCCAUUUCGGAUUUGAUAAUAUUUCAGUGAAAACCACUAUCAAAAUGCGUGAUGAUAUUUCCUCGUAAUUUCCAAAAGUUUAAUAAAACUUUGUUGUUCAGUUUGGUUUUACAUCUCAUCCAAGUCAGUCGAUAAAACAAAACCGCUUACGUCCGGGACAGAAGAAACCAAGUACAGUAUUGUGUAGUGAACAAUAGACCUCGAAAUGAGUGAACCAAACGAACAAAAGCUACCGCCGACACGAAAGAAUACAAUUGUUGUUGACUUUAGACAGUGCAAAAUUCGACCUUCGAUACGUGAACUUGAAGGUUUGCUUAAGGAACAGAUGCAUCUUGACAUUGAACGUGUGCAUUUACUUCAAUGCAAUAAGACGAAUAAUGUUGUUUACAUCCAGUUUUAUAAAGGGUUGAAUGCAAUUCAAUUCGCAAAAGACAAUAACAAUGUGCACUAUGUGGAGCACGAGAACAUUAAGUACAACAUUUCAGUAUAUUUGGAUGAUAGUGCUAUAGAAGUGCGUGUGCAUGAUCUUCACUCAAGCGUCAACGAUUCAUAUAUUCGCAAAACUAGGAUAACAGAGGUAUUUUGGCCACUUCAUAUAUUUUGGUUCACCUAACAAACUUUAUGGAUUUAAUCGAUGUUAAGUAACCCAUGUUGCAUCCAUUUGAAGCUAAUCACAUUAAAUAACCUAUUGCAGAAGGGUUUUUCAAAGAUAUUACAACAUUUGGUGAAUAUUUUUACAAAGUGGGCCAAAAUAAAAUCAAUCCUAAAGUGGGCCAAAAUACCUCUGUUACCUUAUGUCCCAAUACGGAGAGAUUCUCUCUAUGGAAAAAGAAAAGCGGAAGAAGUUUUUCCCCGGUAUUCUAAAUGGCGUACGUUUAUUACGCAUAUACUUGAAGAGGCCUAUACCUUCUUAUGUGAUUUUCGGUCAAGAUACAAAAAUUCCGUGCAAAUCACUUGUUACCUAUGACAAUCAGAUGGCCACAUGUCAAUAUUGCCAAAAAGCUGUUCACUACGGUAAGCCAUGUGAUAAAGUGGACAAGGAGACAACUACACCAACGGACAACGGUGCUUCCUUCACACAAACCCCAAGCAACCCCAGUACACCUGUGACAGCCGCCAACAACAAUGAAGCAUCCCCUGCAACGAAACCAUCAGUAUCCUCUGUAGAACAAAGUACACCGGCUGCAGUUAACAACUUACCCUCCAACCAACCAGCAAUUGCAACCAAUAUACAACAAGGUGCAUCUACAGCAACUAGAAACGAAAAGAAGACGGAAAUCGACAACAAUACCAUCGAUGCGGCAAUGGAUGACGAGACGAACCCCGAACGAAAUGCCCCUCAAUCCUCGCAGGAGGGAAAUGGAAGCUCCUCUCCCCCUAGAAAAAGGGUGACAACGAGAUCCAACUCAAAAAAAAAUCUAUUUAAAAAAUCGGCUCAAUCGGCCACGUAAAGCUUGUACGCAAAUAGGCCUGAAGAAAAAAUACCUUUAAAAUAAAAAAAAACUUUGUUUUUCAGGUAUUUAUGAUUAUCUCACGCUGUUGAAAAUUCAAUCACAAAUUCCUUAUCAGAACUAUUCGCGAUAAAGUUCUGUCCAUUCUUGUAAAGGAUAAAUUUUGAAAAGGCGCUCCAUAGUAAAGUAAGUUCACGACAAAACAUUUUUUUAUAUCAUAGCUUUUGAACCACUCGACCGAUGUGGCUAAUUUUUAGAUAUAUUGUCAAUGAAUGCCUUUAGUUUUAAUGAAAAAAUAUUGUGAAGUUGAAGUUUUGCGUUUAAAAAAGUCAACUGUAUAACUUUUUAACGGUUUUCAUGGUUUGCGACCAAUGAGCACUAUGUCAUUUUAUAUUUUUUCUGAAAGCUGAAUCAUGUUUACAUAACAUAUCCAAAAAUUUGCGAUGUAUGUUUUUUUGUUUGUUUUUGAGUUAUAUUUUAUUAUUUUCAAGUUUUCGUAGUUUCCGUGUUUUUGCCUUCCACAUAUACAAAGGUUAUGCAAUCACUGUGAAAACCGACUCUUGACUCUUGCCAUAUACCAUUCAAUUCAGUUUGUCGAGUACGCAAAAUGUCUGUGUAUGUUUGUAUGUAACGUUUUUUUUACUAACUUUUCUCGGAGAUGGUUGAACCGAUUUUCACUAACAUAGAUUCAAAUGAAAGGUCUUAGUAGUCCUUAAAACACUUUCGAUCUCCAACUCCGGAACUACCGUUAGGUAUUACUUCGGGGUGGAAGGCUAUCGGUACUCAAAGCACCCUUCCCGGCCUUAUGCAUCGCCAUGGACGUCUGCAUCGUUCUCUCCUACUUUUGGACCAUAUAGCUUUCGACUUUGAGCCACUCGCUUUGCUCCAGGGGAUCGACCAGGAGGAUGUCGAGGUUGAUCCGGCGAUUCCGGUUGGUUGGAACAUGACUUUCGGUUCGCUGGCACCUCGACGACCUAGGGUUAAUCUACGUCAUGAACUUUCCCCGGGACCAACGCUCCCGAAACCCGUGAACGGUUCGAACGGCAGGAUGCCUGGAUCGGUCUAGUGAUUCCAGUGGGAUGAUGACUUCCGGUUCACUGGCGCCCCGACGAUCCAUACCGGAGAUACGUUACGCCGACGGAGUUUCUCCCGACAUCGAAUCUCGUGUUUCGCCACACGGAACACUCAAAUAAAUGCUGGGGUCGGUCCUUUGAUUCCGGUUGGAGCAUGGCUUCCGGUUCACUAGCGCCCCGACGACUCGACUUCGGUACUGUGGCUUCUACUCGGCUAGUCCCCGACGAAGGAUUUAUCCAUACCAGGGCUACGUCGCAAUAUACUCGUCUAAUGAAGGAUUUAGACUACACCGACAGAAAGUACCACGACAACGAGAAAACUCCCGAGCCGACGCUUGUUCGCUGAUCCCUCUUUAGCGGUCGACGAUCGCGGCUGUCUGUUGUUCUGCGUUUCAAUUCCGCUGCAAGAUGCCCGUGAUCUGGAAGGUUCAAGUUCUUCUCACUGUGACACAUCCUCUGUACUAGGUUCUCUGCCACAUACAUCCAGUAACCUGUGUAUGUAACAGCUGAAACAACCGUGGCCUCAACCUCAGUACGCCAUCGUACAUUAACAUAUAUUCCACAGAAGCAAGCCCAGGAUGGAUCCCUGUGGUACUCCGGCGGUGAUAGGAGUGCUGUGUAAGCCUUCCUCGGUAGAGCAAUACCCAAUUCUGAAAAUAGCUUUCCAGAAUCUUGUACAGCUCUACUGGUACUCCCAGUCGAAGUAGGGAGUCAGCGAUAUCCGCCCAAUAAGAACUAUUGGACGCGUUUUUGACGUCAAACGUUACUACCGCGCAGUAACGAAUUCCACGUCGCUUAGGUUGAUGACAUCCGCGUAGACCUUUGCGGAACCCGUGUUGUUCGUUAGACCACCCGUCUCCUCUAUUAACGGGGCUAACCUGUUCAGGAUGAUUAUCUCCAGGAGCUUCCCUGUGGUGUCGAUCAGGCAGAUUGGUCUAUACGCCGACGGAUCCCCAGGAGGUUUCCCAAGUUUCGGUAACAGUACCAAUAUCUGCCUUUUACAAAUGUCCGGGAACAUUCGCUCGUCUAGACAUCUCUGCAUGACCUCCCUGAACAUGUCCGGUUUUGAGGUUAUCGCAACCUUUAGAGCCGCGUUCGGGAUACCAUCUGGCGAUCUCGCCGCUGACAACUCUUCGUUCGUCACUCUGCCAACAUCAUUUGCUGGUAGCGGUACUGGCGACCACGGGGACGUAUCGUGGUGAGGGAAGAGGACCCUUAUAAUCUCAUUCAUCUUUGUCAAAAAACAACGUGUUUUGUCGAAUACAUCACUUAUACCAUCAUAUUGCCGGAACUAAAAGUCACAACCAUUUGUUCUUUGAACCUGAUCAAUGGUCUAACAAUAGCUUUUAAACGGGCCUAGGCUUGUUAAAAUCGAUUCAGCUAUCUCCGAGAAACUUGCGCGGUAAAAAAAAACAACUCGUUUUGUCGGUUACGUCAUUUUCACCAUCAUGUCUCCGGAACCAAAAGUCACAGCCAUUUGAUCUUCGAACUUGAUCAAUGGCCUAACAAUAGCUUUCAAACGAGUUUGUGAAAAUCGCUUCAGUCAUCUCCGAGAAAAUUGAGUGGUAAAAAUAUCUUCGAACAUUCAUACACACACAAACAUUUUCUGAUCUCGUCGAACUGAGUCGUAUGGUAUAUAACAUUAUGGGUCUCCGAGGCACCGUUCAAUAGUUGUUUUUUCCAGAAAUUCUAAUACCUUUCUGUAAAAAAAUGCAAAACACAUCGCCAAUUUUUUAUAUGUUAUGUAAAAAUGUUCCGGCUUUCAGAAAAAAAUAUAAAAUGACAUAGUGUCCAUUGUUCGCAAACCAUAAAAAAAAUAAAAAAGUUAUAAAAUUGGCUUUUUAACCACAAAACUUCAACUCCACAAUAUUCGAAUAUUUUUCCUUAAAACUGUUGACAUUUGUUGACUACAUAACCAAAAAUUAGCGAAAUCGGUCCUAUCGUGUCUUUUUUGAAGAAAAUCGAUUUUUUGAUCCACCCUAACAUAUAAAUUUUCGCCCUAAUGACAAAAUAAAAAAAUACGGGUCUUAUAUUUUUAGAUGGAAAAUAAUUCUUCCAAGUAGUUCGAAAUUCGGAGAUCGUAUAUCAGUUUCUCAUGGAAUUGCUGUAUAAUAAGAAUGAUAACGAUAAUGACAAUGAUAAUAAUGAAAAUGCUAAUUAUAAUGAUAAUAAUAAUAAUAAUAUUAAAAAUAAUAAUAAUAAUAAUAAUGAUAAUAAUAAUAAUAACAAUACUAAUAUUAAUAAUAAGAUUAAUAAUAACUGUUUUUUGUCCCAAAGUCCACAUGUCCAGAAGAUCUCAUCCAAACCUGAGGGAGUGUUUUACAACUGUGUAGCAUCCCUAUUCAUAUCUGUUAUAUACCGAGUUCUAUCUUUCUAAGAAAUAUCAAUCCAGCACAACAUAUCCUCGUCAUCCUAAACAUAUUGUUUCCAAAUAAAUUUGCACUAAGUCAUAAAAUGUAUGACCUUUCUCUUAUUGCGCAUUCUACCCGCCACAUGUGCGCAUCAGCACAUGAGCCAUUAUCCGCUUGGGCCAGCAACGAUUACGCUGCAAUGCCGUAACACAAUUGCCUUCUGCAUGCGCACAGCGAUACCUACGCUGCAAGACCAUCGCAGAUGGUUUACAUUAACUUAUUUUGAAACAUCGUUAGUGACUUGAGUUUAGCAUGUAAAAUAGAAAUAGGUAGCCGUAAUUGUUAAGCUUUUAAUACAACAGUCGUCUUUAAAACACGAA